GCUCUUUCAUUUCUUGUUCUUUAUUGCGUUUUCCCAUUUGGGCAUCGUUUAUUUUCGUUUUACGUAAGUAGGGUCUAUUGAGGGGUACUAAGUAAUGGCUGCUAUGUUAUUCGUGCAGCUCGAACGUGCAAAAUCCCAAACCCUAGGUUCGAUUGUCCAUUGAUUAAUAUCGUCUUCGUUUCAAUCUCUGGCAUCCUCUUUUUUGAAUGGCGAUUGAUCAGAACUCAAUACUCAAAGAUCUCCGGCCUCUGAAUGUUGCUCGUACGAUUCCCGAAGAGCAUCGCAUUGCCGCUGCUGUCUCUGGGAGGAACGUGGAGGGGUUUUUCCCAUCGAAUCCGAUUCGUGAUGGGAGCAGCCCUAGGUCGAGACAGGCUUACUAUCCUGCGGCGACGGUUUCUGAUGCUGGAUUUGUAGGAUUAGGGUUUGGGAAUCCUGCAAUGGCUUGGUUGCAUCGCACACCACCUGCUGGUACUGCUCCUUCUGGGUACACUGACAUACCUCAUUCUGGAAACCGGAUUUGGGGCAAUGCGGCCGAUCAGGCCAUCGAUGAGGGUGGCGACGAUUUGUCUUCGGCGAAAAAAAUCAAGCUUUUGUGCAGUUUUGGAGGAAAGAUUCUCCCCAGGCCCAGUGACGGGACCCUGAGGUAUGUUGGAGGGCAGACUCGGAUUAUUGGACUAAGGAGUGAUAUCAGUUUCAAUGACCUGGUGCAGAAGAUGGUGGAGACCUCUGGGCAGCCUGUGGUCGUCAAGUAUCAACUCCCUGAUGAGGAUCUUGAUGCCCUUGUAUCGGUUUCCUGUCAGGAGGAUCUUCAGAACAUGAUGGAAGAGUAUGAGAAGCUGGUGGAGAGCUCUUCGGAUGGUUCAGCCAAGCUUCGGGUGUUCUUGUUCUCAGCUUCUGAGCUUGACUCAUCUGAGCUUGUUCAGUUUGGUGAUCUACCAGAUACUGGGCAGAAGUAUGUCGAUGCUGUCAAUGGAAUUCCGGAGAUUGUGGGCGGUGGGAUCACAAGGAAGGAGAGUGCAGCGUCAACCCAGAACUCAGACAGCCUUUUGAGUGGUGGUGAUGGCGUUGAUAGCUCAGGUCCCGGUCUAGGUGGUGGCGGGCCAUCCUCUCCCACUGUGUCAGCAUCUCCUAGAGUUACUACUGCUGCUCAUGAUGCUACCACUAGAUUUUUCUAUGUGGGUCCCAACCCUGUAAGGUAUACAGAUGCUCAAGCCAUGUCAAUAGGUGCUCCACCGGCGGUAUUGGCUACUCUGCCGCAGAUUUCUUCUUCUCGACCGGAGCUUGAGAUAGAGAGGACAUUGCCUGCAGUGGUUCAACCACAGCCACAAUUGGGUUUUGAAAUGCAUCAGCCAACUACAAUGGAGUUUCCACCGGCUUCAGCUUACAUGCAGGCUUAUGUAGAUCCCCACCUUUCUUCCCAAAUUGGGUAUGCAAAUCCUCAGCUGAUAGGUAUUCCACCAGGGUCCAUGUACAGGCUUGCUGAUAACAUGCAACAGCUGCCUCAUCAGUUUGUACCUGCAGUACACAUGACAAAGGCUGCCCCAUCUCCUCAUGUGGGCAUUAAACCGAUUGGAGUUCAGGCUGUUCAGCAAUUCAUGCAGCCUCAACAAGUCCGGAUGGAUCCAGAUACCGAAGAGAAUGCAUAUGGGCAAAGGGUAGUUCAGCCUCCUAGUGACCAGAACUUCAGAGGUUAUCAAACCCAUUCAACCCGUCCCCAGGUCCCUGUGGCAGCUCAGACAGGAGGAUAUGGUUGGCAUCAGGUGCAGCCACCAGAGCAUGCAGUCUCCUAUGAAGUUUGGGUACCGCAGCAACAGGGAAUAAUUUCGGAUAAAAUUCAGAGACUGGAGGACUGUUAUAUGUGUCAAAAAGCUUUACCUCAUGCACAUUCUGAUACUUUGGUACAGGACCAGAGAGAGAGCAGUGCGAGUAGCGUUUCUGACACAAAUUUGGCUUUCCAUAGUCUCAAUGCAGAGGAUAAUAUGAGAGCCCGACUUGCAAACAGAGUAGCAGUGGCUGGAGCUUUGGUGGAUGGGUCAGUUGAACCCCAAGGAAGUGGGACUCUCCCCAGGGUCGUCGUGGGUCAAGUGGAUCCUGAGGUUACAGUCCCUCAGUUUGGGGUGCUUGGGUUUUCACCGAAUGUAGAAGGGCAACAUGACAAUGACAGAGUCCUCUUGCAGAAAGUAGACAGUCGUGGUCAUCCAAGGAUGUUUCCCACAGGUGUGAUGGGGGUGCCAGGGGAUGCAGAGUCUUACAGUGCAUUCAUGGGCAAUAUCCCUCAGGGCCGGCAAGAAGACGGUCUGCAGCAGCCCUCUGUGCCAUUCCAAUACCCGGUUAAACAGGAGGCUUUCAUGAACAGACCCGUUAGUAAUGAUAACCCUCCUGUGAGAGUUGUACCUUUCCAAACUUCUGAACCCUUGGUUCAUGAGUUUUCAACAGAGUACUCUGGUAACCUUCCUGGCUUUGUUCAGAAAGAUGUCUUGGACUCUUCCACUUCAUAUGACCAUCUUAGAACAAUCGAUGGAAGGAUGGAAGCACUCCAAAUAAAUUCACCUGAGAAUUCUGGUAGUAAUGAGCAAUGUAGGUCACCUGUCAAUAGACCUAAGAAGGAUGAGACUUUGGAGAACAGACCACAAAUUGCAGGGAAGGAAAUGUUUCACGCCAAUUCCUUUAUCAAGCCUGGGAUCGCCCCCGAUGGAAAUCACCUAAAGCCAAUUGAGACUGUAGAGGCUUCCUCUACUGAGAUUGGUCAUGUUCUACCUGUAGAGUGCAAUCAAUUAGCUCAACCUCCUGUUUUGGGAAACUCAGGACAGUAUCUGCAUCUACAGAUGGGACAUCCAUUCAUAGUUCCUGAUGAAGUAUGUCAUGGUAAAGCAGCAUUUUCAGGAGUUGAUUCAUCCUACGCUCCUGAUAGGGUAUCACAACCAUUUGGUGAAUGGAAUGAUGCAAUAUUGUAUUCGAGGAUGGUUCCUAAUGAUGCUGUCUCCUUUGCCGUUGCUGCAACUAGUAAUGUACCAUCUUCUGUACCUCUGCAGUCUGCGGUGAUUGCAAAUAACUGGAAUCCUGCCCCAUCAAACUCGCUUUUCAGCAGUCGAGAUCCUUGGAAUUUGCGACAUGACUCCCAUUUCCUACCUCCGAGGUCUAACAAGGUUCCAAUGAGCAAGGAACCUUUUGUUACAAGGGACUUAUUAGGGGAGAAUCGUUUAGGUAAUAAUGGGGAAUCUAGUGCAAAAAUGCGAUUGGAAGGAGUUCUCAGCCAGUCAUCAGGCAAUCUUAACAAAGAUUUAAGUUCAGAAAACCUUUGUCAUGUGAAAGGUCUCAUAGGUGCUGCAGAGGAACAGAUCAAGCAAGAUCUUCAGGCUGUUGCGGAAGGUGUGGCGGCUUCUGUUCUUCAGUCAUCUUUGCCUUCUAAUCCUGACUCACCCAUUCAUGAGAAUAAUGAGCUCCAAACUGAAGCCACUAUAGGCAGAGAAGUUCAUGAUUGUGGUUCUGAAGCAUAUAGUAUAGCCAAAGUCGAGGAUAUGAAGACCAAACUAUCAGAUAAGACUAGUGCUGUUUUACCUAUUUCAGGUGGCAUUGGUCGCUUGCAGAUUAUUAAAAAUAGCGAUCUUGAAGAGUUGCGGGAGCUGGGUUCUGGAACUUUUGGUACUGUUUAUCAUGGAAAAUGGAGGGGUACUGAUGUUGCAAUAAAACGGAUCAAUGAUAGGUGCUUUGCUGGAAAACCAUCGGAGCAAGAGCGCAUGAGAGAUGACUUUUGGAAUGAGGCAAUCAAGCUAGCUGACUUGCACCAUCCUAAUGUGGUAGCUUUUUAUGGUGUUGUGCUGGAUGGCCCUGGGGGUUCUGUGGCUACAGUAACAGAAUACAUGGUCAAUGGAUCGCUUAGAACUGCUUUACAAAAGAAUGACAAGAUACUCGAUAAGCGGAAGCGUCUUUUGAUUGCGAUGGAUGUGGCAUUUGGAAUGGAAUACUUGCAUCAGAAGAAAAUAGUACACUUUGACUUAAAAAGUGACAACCUACUUGUCAAUCUUAGAGAUCCUCACCGGCCAAUUUGCAAGGUUGGUGAUUUGGGCCUGUCAAAAGUGAAAUGUCAGACUCUAAUUUCUGGUGGUGUGCGGGGAACACUACCAUGGAUGGCUCCAGAGCUUCUGAAUGACGGCAGCAGCCUGGUCUCUGAGAAGGUUGAUGUAUUUUCGUUUGGCAUCGUCUUGUGGGAGCUUCUUACAGGAGAAGAACCGUAUGCAGACUUGCACUAUGGGGCUAUCAUAGGUGGCAUUGUUAGUAACACAUUGCGGCCACUGGUACCUGAAUCUUGUGAUCCUGAGUGGAGAUCACUGAUGGAGAGAUGUUGGUCAUCUGAGCCAUCAGAGAGGCCAAGCUUCACAGAGAUUGCGAACGAGCUACGUGCUAUAGCACCAAAGCUUUCUCUAAAGGGACAAGCCCAUCAUCAACAGCAGCAAGCUCAAAAAUGAUCUUGGGCUUAACAUGUCCAUCUUUUGCAUAUUUCCUUUGGCCACAGGACUAAGUAUCAUCUACUUGGCAAAAAUCUAACAGCAAAGAUGGAAUCUACGUAUUGAAUAUAUCCUUCGGAUCUUUGUUCUGAAUGCUGACUAUGUUGGGUAUUCUGAGAAAUUAUUAUAGCUUUGUUCAAAAAAAUAUUGUAUUUGUUCUUUUCCUUUGAAUUUUUCUGCCUUUUCCCACAGAAGUGUUUGAAAGAAGUAAGCUAGAGUUCUUUAGGGCCAGGUUCACUGAUGUCUUGGUGGUGUAAAAUAAAUAGUGUUUGGCCGAUUUUGGUUUGUGACUGUAAAAAAAAGAGAACAAAAAUUCCUGACUGUUAUAGUAAAGAUACCUUCAUUUUUAAUGGUUCUGCUCUUGACCU